AUGUCAGAGUGCAUGAACCGUACAGGCCCGGGCGAUCACAAUCCAGCAGAGGAAACUGACAGCGUCAUUAACCAAUGGCUAAUUCCUGGCACCUGUGCCUUUGAACUUUUACAUAUAACGUCUCCUAUACUCCUCAGGAGACAAUUACAAAAAUCCUUCAGAACGCUGGAACAGGGAGCCAACUUCUGCCUGGUCUCCCUCGCCCUCUCGGAUCUCAUGUUCUGCCUCUUUGCCCUCCUGACCAUGCUGCUGCCCGCAGACAACAUCUACAGUCACUCAGGCUUGUCCUUGACCUACGGAGUCUACAACGUUGCCAUCAUCAACGUCUUCAUCAUGGAGAGCACGCUGCUGACCGUCGCCAUGUCCCUGGAGCGAUACCUGGCCAUCUGUUUCCCCCUGAGGUUGGAUAUCUACCUUACGACCAGUCGGAUUAAGUUUGUAGUGCUGUUCACUUUCAUAUUUUCCGUGUGUUUUAACAUCCCAGUGCUGUGGAGAAAGGAAGAUGUGCUGCUCUGUGUCGAUCUUCUCGAGGACCAAGUCUUGAAUUCCAGCCGUCUUGCAGGUUUCAGCAACCUCACCAAUCAUAACAUUACUUUUGGAAACGCUACGCAGGAUAUUACCUUUAACAUGUUACAAGCUGUUUCCAUUCCAAAUUCAACAACUUUACUGGAAAAUAAUUCCUUAUCAUCGUCCUUGUCGUCGCUUUCGUCUGCAGAUAUGAUUUACACAACAUCAACCAUAUCGUCGUCGUAUGUAUCUACACACAUCUCUACAGACUUAUCAUCUUCAUCGAAGACUAAUUUGAUGAAAACGCUGGGCAAACCCCGAUACACCGUCAGGACAGUGCUGCUACUCGACAGUUAUGUUUACGACAUUGCCUACCGGAUUCUGUGGGCGUUCUGUGGGAACAUCAUCCCCCUGGUUCUUCUCUUCUACUUCAACGUCUGCCUUUGCCGCCAAAUCUUCUAUUCCUACAAACAGCAAAAGCAUCUUGGACGCCAAAACAAGACCAGAAAUUCAUCCAACAGUUUGACCCUUACCCUGGUGGCGAUUGUUGCUUUGUUCUUUAUCCUAGUGGCGCCUUCAGAGAUAACUCUGCUGGUCCUUCACAUAUCUAACAGUGGGUCUAAUUCCACACCAAAGAUUAUAGAACCAGUUCUGAACUGGAUGCAGUCAAUCAACUUCUCAGUUAACUUCAUUCUCUACUGUAUUAUCAACCCUUUCUUCAGGAAAACUUUAAAACAUAUGAUACUUUGUGGUUGCUGCUGGCUGCCCAGGAAUAAACGAGAAUGGAAGAUAAAACUGCAGACUUCUUUCAU